AUGUGGACUGCUGUCCUAGGGCUGCUCAUGCUGGUGGCUGUGGUGGAGUUCCUCAUUGGCCUGGUUGGAAACGGAGUCCUUGUGGUCUGGAGCCUUCGAGAAUGGAUCAGAAAAUCUAAGGGGCUCUCCUACCACCUCAUCAUCCUGGGCCUGGCUGGCUGCCGAUUUCUCCUGCAGUGCCUGAUUAUGGUGGACUUAAUCCUGUGUCCGUUCUUCCAGAACAGCCCUGGGCUUCACUCUCUCAAUGUCUUCUGGGUUGUGGUAAGCCAGGCUAGCCUGUGGUUUGCCACUGUCCUCAGUGUCUUCUACUGCAAGAAGAUCACGACCUUCGAACACCGCGUCUACCUGUGGCUGAAGCGGAGAGCUUAUUGCCUGAGUGGCUGGUGCAUUUUAGGAGGUCUCAUGAUCAAUAUAUUACUUGUAGCCCACAUUGGCUCAGAGUUCUACAGUCCUUCCCAAAGAAACAGUAGCAUUCUGUACCACAUUUCAAACUGGCACUACCAGCGUAUAAUGAAUUUCAAUUCGGGAAAUGCGUUGCCUUUUGCAUUGUUUCUUAUUUCCUCUGGGAUGCUGAUUGUCUCUUUGUAUAGACACCACAGGAUGAUGAAGGUCCACACCGCUGGCAGGAGUGAUGCUCGGGCCAAGGCUCACAUCACUGUCCUGAAGUCCUUGGUCUGCUUCCUUAUACUUUACGUGGUUUACUUCGUGGUCAGCCCCUACUCCAUCACCUCUAAGGCCCCUCCUGCUGAUCUCUUCACCGUCUUCAUCUCGGAGAUACUCAUGGCUGCCUAUCCUUCUCUGCAUUCUGUCAUAAUAAUCAUGGGGAAUCCCAGGGUGAAGGGGGCUUGUCGGAAGACCCUGCGGAAGACAGUGUGUGCCUGGCGGUCCUGA